UCGAGAUUUGACCCGAGUCUUGGUACAUGUGCGAGUGUGCGUGUUGUUGUGUGUAGCAGUCAAGUCACCGACAAUUGAUACUAGGCAACCGUAAAAAUAAUUAGUGCACAGGAGAUUCGCUUGACUGCAUUAUAUGCUUUUGUUAAGUGGUUGUGUAUGGCAGUGUUAGGAUUUUAUCAUAGUACUCAAAUAAACAAAAAAUAGACUAGAUCUAGAUCUAGAUUCUAGUGCCAAAUCUAGUGACUAGAUCUAGUCAGUCAAGUCUUGUGUGUAAGUGUAGGUUUCUGUUUGUUUACAUCUUUUUGAAGUUUUUGGGAUACGAAAGUACUUUCUAGGCCCAGACCUGCUUACUGAUCCUCCAGGUGGCCCCACGGGUCACAGUGAAUAAUUUCCUGCCUCGGCUGUCAAGGCCAGUCACGCAAAACUGGCAACGCUGGCGGGGAAAGAGGAAGCGAGGGCAGACAACUUGGGCCCGCCACCGCUUCCCCUCCAGCCCCAAGUGAUCCAAACCAGCGGCCAUCGCUCAAUCGAACUUGGCAAUGCGCACAACCAGGAGGGAAGAGGCGAGAAUCUGUUCAAAUCCUCAAACAGCGGCCUAACAAACGAAACUACGCCGACGACUAACCACACCAAGCGGAUCGAAGGAGCAGACGAAGACCGGCACAUUAUACCAGGGAUCGAGCAUAUUUUCUUUGAAAAGGAGCUUGAAAAAAUGGAGCACGCCAACAGCGCGGGGCAUAUUGUUGUGUUAGCCGUGGAUAACAGUGUCCCCAGUGACAUGGCCUUCAAAUUCUAUGUAGAUAAUGUCAGCAGGCCAGGCUAUUUACUUCACUUGGUGCAUCAUUCCAACUAUUGGGGUAAUUUUGAACCAAUGGAUGGAGGAGGAUUUUAUCUUACAGGUCCCAGCCCUAAACAUUGCCAAGAACUGAUGGCCAAAGAAGAUUCAAAAGUGAAAGAAAUUGAAAAUAAGUAUCGCAAGUUAAUGGCAGAGAACAAUAUCAUUGGAGAUUUCAUUGUGCUUCGGGGCAAAGAUGCCUGGCAUGACAUCAUCCAAUACCAGGAAAAAGUGAAUGGCAUAAUGAUCGUCAUGGGAACCAGAGGUCAGAACACAUUGCGGCGCACAUUCAUGGGCAGUGUCAGUGAUAGCGUCGUCCACCAUGCCUCAUGUCCAGUUCUUGUUUGUUGUCAUCCUAAGAUUUAAAUAUGAACUUUUGCCAUUCUUUUUUUGUUUUCUUCAAUGUUAUAUUUUUCUAUCAACAAUAAAAUGAAAUGGAUGUGAUAAAUGAGUUAAUACAGAGGUUUGGUUGGCUUGGAGAUGGGGGAGACAGAGUCAGUUUGGUGUCCUCGCCCUCUCUGUGCCACCCUACUCUUUUUCUUAGUGACAGAUUUUGAGUGGGAUGAUAUGGCCUAAGCAAAACUCCUUUUAAAUUGAACAUUCCCCCAUGUUCAAUUAAAAUGUCAGCUUUACCACUGGUUUGCAAUGUUCUUUAAAAGUUUUCAUAUUUGCUGUUCUUUAUAAUUUGAAUAUUAUUUGGUUGAAUUUGACAACCUCAUGAAUGUAAAAAUGACUUGAAAACAAAAACGAGUUUGUAAUCCCACUAAUUUUAAACGCUGAUAGUUAUUUGAAUUGAAGAGACAAAUAGAGCUUCACUUUUCCCUUAGGUCUUGUAAUUUAGUAUCAUCUGCAUCCUAUGUUGUUCUCCCAUUUUGUUGUUGGUUUAUGCUUCUGUGCUCAAUGGUUGGUUAGCGGUGAUUACAGUUUAGAGAGAGAGUGAACUGAAAACAUGGAGCGUAUGCCACUGACCAAACACACACACACACACACUUGAUUUUCCAUUUAUUUCAUUCAACUUAUUUUAUAUUGUUUCAUAACUUCCAGUUCAGUUUGCAAUUUUGGAAAUCAUGACUUUCAAAAUAUUUGAUAGCUGGUUUAAAACAUCCAAGAGAUUUUUUUAGAGAUUGAAGUUUCAUCAUACACAUUUCUAAACUGCAGGGAUUUUGUUAAGAGCUACAGGUCACAUCUGGUGUGAUUUAGUUUAAAAAACAACAACAUUGGUCAAGUUUUGUGUUUGUACUUUGGGAUUCUUUUGUAUGAGGAGUACACAAUGUAACUUGUCAUUGAUAAGAAAAUUGUGAUGUAAUUUAUAUUAAAAUAUAAAGUAAGCAAAUACAAAGUAUGUUGAUUAUUCUAUAUGAACUACUUUACUACUGUGUAGGCCUACAUUUUAUAGGGAAAGCAUGAAUGUUCAUUUUUUUGUUUGUUUUAAAUUUUGUCUUGGAAAGUAGUUAAAUUUUUUCUAUUUCUUGUUCUUGUGCUGAGAUAGUUCUUCAUAUUUUACCCAUUUAAUAUGGAUCUACUGUUUUGUUUAAAUGAUUUGUUUAAUUUGAUAGCUAUUUGAACAAGCAGCUAAAAUGUGAAAGAACAAUGUGAAAUGAUCAUCUUGAUGUACAAUGAGGUCUUUGGAUUUUGUCCAGAUUAUGAUAUAUGUUAUGUAAAUAUUUUUUUUUUCAAUCUGCAAUGCAUCUGUAGGAAUAAAUACAACACAUUAAAUAAAUUAGGAAAGCUGUGAUCUAUAGGGGUCAGAUGAUUUAGGGCUCAUGUUUCUAUUCUAUGAUUAACAAAGGAUUCAUGUGGCUAGUUUAAAGACUAACCACCGCCUUUUUUGCCAUCCUGUCAGGUACCCAUGUCUCAGUCUUCAAAUUGAUUUCUACUCCAGACCUCUCAGUUCUGACGCCAUGCAUUUGACCCACUCUGCCACAAGACCUUAAUCCCUGUGUCCCUUCUUCUAAUUAGUUGUAGUUUUGAUUGCUUACAAAUUUUACAGCCACGUUUACCAUCAACUGCAUUUAUGUUGUUUGAAAGAUUUUGUUGACGUUGCCGCCAUAUUGACAAAUGUCUAUUUCUACACUUAUUGGUUUUGAUUAAAUUAAUCAAUCAAUUGUACAGAGUUAUCUCCACAUGUUGCUUAUGUCAUCUAUCAAUAAAGAAAUCAAUAAUAAAAAUAUCAAUCUACUUUUACAAGACAUUUAUAUACCGUAUUUCAAGGCUCUGAUUUGAAUGUAAUGAUUGUUACCUAACAAUUUUUUUUUGGGUACCUGGCAAUAAGCACAAACUUGUUUUGUGUAUUUCAAGUCUUAAUAUCAUUUAUAAUUACUUAUAUUGAAAAUGUUUGCAUCAAAUUAGAUGACAAUGUUUUAUUUGUUUUUUUAAGAUUCUCUUCUAAUUUUUUUUAUAUAUAACUGUCAACAUAUUUACCAUUUUGUAUUUUUCUCCGAAUUAAAGAAGUCUUGUUUAUUUGGAUGUUGA